UUGACAAAAUCUUUGAAAAAAAGUCAUAAACCAUGCCUGAAAAAACUAACAUUUCUACCAAUAAACGCAAUUAAUAAAUACAAUUUUCCUGAAAAAUUAGAAAUUCAAAGAAUUUGUAUAGUUUGUAAACAAUUGAACGGAAACGAGUCCGGUGCAGUUCAGAUCAAAGCAAUCGUAAUAGCGGCGGUUUUCUUCAAACGCAACAAACGAAGACCUCCCGUGUCUGAAGACUACCUAAGGUAGCAGGUAGCAACGCUCGAAGAUAUCCGUAUCGUAAACGUUUCCCUGCUGUGUUGCAAGUUACGUGUAUAUAGACGCUGUCCGUGGUAAAAAUUUUUAUGAUACGCCACCGUGCAGCAGACAGGACGGAUGUAAAAAUUUGCCUUUGUGGAAAUCUCCAAGAUUGUCGUACGGAAAUGAGACGUUAGAUGUUAGUUCUCGUUACAUCGACAUGUAUUGAUACGUUUACCUAAUUCUAUGAUGUACACCUGCACGUAGCGUUAAAACUAAUUGAAGAAAAUUUGCAAGUGGUCACACGACGACAGAGAAACGGUGCUUGAUACCGCGUAAAAGUAACUAGUCUCAGACGUUUUUCGAAGAUAUGAUACGCAGUACAAAUCUUAGGUUGAAAGUUAUAUGGCCUAAAGGUCUCCCUUUUUAUCAUUACCGCCGUUACCAAAUAUUUCUCUCCUUUGAGGAUAUAACACUUUCGUUUUCGACUCGGACACUUUUAAGAAGCGUACAAUUGAUGUCAUCGCGGAGUUUGUACCUCAAGGACCGACGGGAAUGUUUGCGAAUAAUCGCGGAUCCAGUCGUGCGCGAGAAAUUGUGAUUACCUUCGACAACCUCGCAGGAGCCGCCUUCGUUCAAUAAAGAUGGCUACGCCCAGCCUACGAGAUGUCACGGUACCAGGACUCCGAGACUCUCCGUCUUCUCCGCACGAAAUUGCUAGCAUAAAUAACCGAUAGGGUUACGGCUGUUUCGCGUCGUACGCGACGGUUGCUGUCCGAAAUGCUGUGCGCGAUGGCAAACAAGAAACGGUCCUGCUCAAAUAUCUACUCGUGAUGCAUCGUACGUGGUCGGUCGAACGGCACUCUGUUGAUUUUUGUCAUUUGACUCGACAGAGAGAACCAACACGGUUCCGGACAGUCUCGCUCGUGAUAGCGCAAGCAACUCCAUUUUCGUCAAAUAUCAUAUUUGGCAAAUAUCUAAAUUACCGCAAGUAGCCUUAGACCUUAUCCCUCUCGCCAAUUAAGAAGAAGCCAUGUUCCGCUACGUCUAAAUUGCGGAGAGAAAUUAUGAGAGAGAGAGAGAGAGAGAGGUAAUUAUUUUUCCUUGACAAGAAUGAAAGAAACAACACCUUCAAGCGUGCCGCAUUUCACGAAACUUUUUGCCAAAGAGCCCAGAUUGAAAGUAAAGUAAACGGAACAAGUGAUUUCUCAAGUUGUUGGCGGACAAUAAAAAAGAGACAGAGAAAGAGAGCAUCUUAUCUCGCGAGGAACAAAUACAUGUGUCGCAUACUUUCCUGAGCGCGGCAGACGCAAAUAUUAACUCGAAGGAGCGUCAAGUCGGUAACUUGGUCGCGCGAGCAAACUUUGGUCCGCAACAAGGGAUACGCACUUUUUUCUCAAUUCCGCUCUCCAUCGAAGCUCGCGAUCGAGACGGAUUCGCAUCGCGACAUCGACAUGAGGCGGCGAUGAGAGCGGCGAUCACGGCGCGCGAUUCGGGGUCCGGGGACCGAACCACGUGCAGGUUCGCGUACGUCGUUCGCGAGGACUAAUCGAGAACCUGGACGAUCGGCGCGUGGGCGGACUGACGAAAACUCCGUUUGCCGUCCGUUUGUCGAACCGACCAAUCAUGAUGGAAUCGUAAAGUCGACCCGUUCGUCCAUUGGUCGGCGCGAGUUGCGGAAGGCGGCACUCGGCGUCGUAGCGACCGUGUGACCGGUCAAAUCGUUCCCCGGCCAAUGGAUACCGCCGCGGUACCGCCAUGCUGCAUCCGUGAGGCUCCUAAUUUAGCGAGUAAUUAGCACCCGGCAAACGCGAACGCGAACGCGACUCCGACCGGUGGGCCUCUCUCGGCACGACCGCGCACCCGCCGCGAGAAAAGAGAGGACGCCGAGUGAAGACACAGCGAGAAAGAGAGACAGAGAUACUCCGCCGGUCAGUCUUCGGGCCAGUCUUCGCCGGCUAGUGUGAAAUAUCGCGCCCAAGUGUCACGAGCCUACGGCCACGCGACGCGGUCUCUCGCGACUCCGCCGCUGACGGAGAGCUGUCUGUGGUGCCACGACGAUUUUCCGUCCCCCCCUCUGUCCCUCCGUCCCUCCGUCGUCCCUCGAGCGAGACUGCGUCCAUUUUUCUCGCGACGUAUCGUGAAUUCGGUUUGCGAAUUGAUCGUCGCAUUGUGAUCGUCGCCAGGAAAAAACAAUCUCUCUCGGCUCUCGUCCCCACUGUAUUCUUCGGAGCGACGCUUUUUGUGAUUGUCCGCUCUCCCGUAAUUUUUCCUUUGAUUAACGCGUUCACGCUAUCUCGAUCGAGCCUUGCUAUCUUUUGGAGAACCGAGUGAAGAUGCAACUGGCGGGCGCAUCGCGAGCGACGGGUUCUCCAACGCGUUCUUCGUGCCAUGAACGCGAUCGGGAGCAUGAGAGGGAACGCGAGCAAGAGCGAACGGACGAGCGAGAGCGCACCGGAAGACAGAGUCGGGUGAGCGAUCCUGAGGAGGAUCGGGAAGAUCGCGAGGAACGUGGGUCGAUCGCGAGACACAAUCUCGCGCCUCCUGCCUCGAUCUCCGCUGCUCAAGGACUACCUCUGUCCUUGUCGUUGGAAGAUCGAGAACUCUGGACCAGAUUUCAGUGCAUUACGAAUGAGAUGAUUGUCACGAAAAAUGGAAGGAGGAUGUUUCCUGUGGUAAAGGUUGUUGCACGUGGUUUGGAACCAGCAGCUAUGUACACUCUGCUACUGGAAUUUGUGCAAGUCGAUCCACACAGGUGGAAAUACGUCAACGGAGAAUGGGUACCAGGUGGCAAGGCGGAAGUAGCUCCGCCCAAUCCAAUUUACAUACAUCCGGAGAGCCCAAAUUUUGGAGCGCAUUGGAUGAAGGAAGCGGUAUCAUUUGCUAAAGUCAAACUAACCAACAAGUCAAACGGUAAUGGACAGAUCAUGCUGAAUUCGUUACACAAGUACGAACCCCGCGUUCAUUUAGUCCGAGUGGGUGCCGAAGAACAGAGAACGGUUCUUACCUAUCGUUUUCCCGAGACACAAUUUAUCGCCGUAACGGCCUAUCAAAACGAAGAAGUUACGAGCUUGAAGAUUAAAUACAAUCCUUUCGCAAAGGCGUUUCUCGAUGCGAAAGAGAGGCCUGCCGAUCCGCAAACUUAUCCACAAUAUGCAGGUGGAUUGUUUCUACCGCAGCCUACAAUGGGAUAUGAAUAUAACGCUGCAUCGGCAAUAGUUGCCGCGAAUCAAGUAUCGGCUUGCGUUAGCAAUCAUUUUUCUAAUGCAUGUACCGUCACCACUUCGGGGCACAGAAGCGCUUGCAGGUCGGCGCCGUACACUUUGAGGCACAAGUACGUCCAAGAUGAACAACACGCGGAUCCCUAUGCGCCGAUGCCGCUUCUGCAUUCCACGGCUUACGUGGCAGCUCCGGCUUGGUCGCCGCGAAGUCCGGAAUCAUUGCAGAAUCUGAAUUCCGCGUGUUUACCGCCGGCCACAUCGCAGGAGUGGCCGACGUCGCCGUCGCCAUCGCCGACAUCGUCAACGCACGCAGUACUCAGCAGAACGGUUGGUACUGCGUCCGCCGCAACUACCGUCGCCGGAUGUACCUUAUACGUGCCGUCGAAUUUACCAUCCCAAGAACAGCACAGUGGACAUUGCGCUGAUUCAUCCUGGAUUCAUUCCACGACGUUAGAACAGCAACAACAGCAGCAACAACAACAGCAAUCCUAUCUCAAUGUAAAUCUUCAUCUGCAUCAUCAAAUGUCCUCUUACGGUUCACAUGCAGGGCUGCACCACGGUCUGCAUUCACAAAGCGAAGAAUCUACCGUUCCGACGGACGCGACUGAAUACGCGCACGAGUAUCAUCAUCAUACUUCGCCGGUGCAGUCAACCACUCCCGAUCAGCAUCGUCAUCAUCAUCAUCAUCAUCAGCAGCAGCAGCAACAGCAUCAUCCUCAAGCGCAAAUGUUACAUUUGCAAGCUCUACCGCAGACGGACACCCCAUCGCCGGCGCCGGUUAGAGUACAGUACGACAGCCCGCCUAAGGAGCACUCUCACAUUCAAAUGAAUUAUCCUGAGCAAACAACGGAUACGUUGAACGACGUACAGCCCGAUGACGAGAGAAGAUAUCUCACCACGAUCGUCGAUCGGCAUCCUCCUCCUGCUCCUCCUGCUCCUCCUCCUGCUCCUCCUGCUCCUCCUCAUCAUCAUAAUCAUCAUCAUCAGCAACAUCAUCAUCAUCAUCAUAAUCAUCAUCGGCAGGACACGGAGAUCACUAGCGAACAACCGACCGCUUGGACACCAUUGACGCCACCGCCGGUGCCGCAGACUACAGCCAUUUGAUUCGAACAUAUCGCAUACGGGAGAUUUCGUACCUUAGACACGAAAAACCGCAUGUUCCCUCUCAUAUGUAAUUAUAAAUGAGGUCGAUCACGUGCGAUAUAUACCAUAGCGAUACCGAGUUUAAAAUCUGACGGCACGAUUGCUGAUUUUAUCGCGCGCUAUAUAGAUAUAUAUAUAUCAUAGAAUAUAUCAAAUUAUAUUUUGAUCCGUCCUAAACAUCAUGUAGUAAUCUUGAUUAUUUUUAGUGGCAAUUGCGAAUAGUUAUUAGCAAAUAUGUUAGUGUAUCACAUGAGAAAGGAAAGUGCAAAUAAAACAUUCUUGUUUCGCACGACUCGUGCAGAAAGAAACGUUUAUUAAAUUAUGUCCUACUUGGAAAGUUAUAAAAUUAUAAACAUAAUAUGCUAUUUAUGUGUAACCGUCGAUUUUAAUAAAGCAUCUUUAUUUCUAUUUA